AUGGCACCUCGCUCAAACGAUCGCAAGCCGCAUCAGUUUAGGAAUUUGACAUUCACCGAUCAUCGGCCGAAGUUCCUGGCGAACAUCGAUGCAGCGUUGAGGGGGACAAAAGCUGAAGAAGACCAAGAUCCUCCGAGGUCGAGGAGACGAUAUGAGGGAAAUGAUGAAGAUGGCUACGCUGAGACCGAGAUCUUGGAUCCAUCUCGCCCAGCCAUCCCGGUCAGACCCAGGGAAACCAACCAUAAUAAUGAUGACGACGGGGAUGACGAGCAACCACAAGUCGUGGAUGAAACCGAUCUAUCCGGCAUGGGUCGUCUAUCCGAUGAAGAUGAAGAACUGGACGAAGAUUCCCCCGAGGUGGUUGUUCUUAAAGAGGGCAAACACCUCACCAAGGAAGAAUUUGAGGCUGAAAAGAUAAGACUUCGGGAUAACCCUGAUACUCCAUCCACGCUCCCUACCUCAUCCCGCGCAAGCAUCAAGCCGUCCUUGACGUUCUCAUCGAGCAACAAGCCGGACACAUCGACGGGCAAACGAAAGGGCCCGACCAUAGACCGCAACGAUCGUAGUCCAGGGGCCAAUGACGGAUGGUCAGAAUUGGUGAAACGGACUAAAGGGGGCAAAUCUGCCCUGGUCUCGACGAUCAAGGAGGAAAGAGAGCUCGCCGAGAAAGCCUCGGUGUCUAAAAAACAGAAGAAGAGCGAGCUCAAGGCGAAGAAUAAGAAGGCCAAGAGCUUGAUCGUGUACUAUUUCAUAACCUUGCCAGUUGCAAUUGCUUUGGCCUGUCCAGUCUGGGCACUGGCACAAGUUGGACGAAAAAGAGGCCAAGCGGGCUUGGCCGAUCCCAAACCCCGCGUGGCACCCUCUAAACCCAACUUGGCCUAUACUCAAGCCUGGCUUGGCACCUCCCAAAGUUGGGGUGGGUCGGGCCAAAGCCUAGCUUGGCCGAGCCCAAGCGAGAGUGCCACCCAGGCCAAAACCAAUGAGUGGUGCUGGUUGGUGUCGGGUGUGGUGGUCGGGUCGGGUUUUGUGGUUGGUGGUUCUGGUGAGCCCAGAGCUUGGGUUCGGCCAAGCCAGACUUGGGCUUGUGCCAAGAUCCGGGCCACGCGCGAACUUCCAACUCAAGCCCCCUGGGCAGUGGCCCAAGCCCCGGUGACACUUGGACACGCGGGCCUUGGGCCAGUGCCCAGACUGGCUUGCAACACCAUAACGUGCUCCCGUCGCGACAGGGUGAUAUGCAAUCUGCGGGCGCAUGCAUUUUCAAUUUUUCAUCUCGCCGGUUUAUCCGCCGAGGCCGAGUUGGCUUGGCACAGCAGCCGCACACGGUCAACCUCAAACAACCACCAUCGCCGACGAGAAAAUCGACAAAUUCUUCACGAAAGAGGACAGGGACCGGAGAUAACACGCAUAACUGGUUUUGCUACUCAUCACAUAAUGCAAGGUGUGUGCUCUUGCUAUUAUCCUCCUGGUGUUGUUGCCUCAUUGGUGCCACACUAUUUAUUAGCACCAAUCAAACAAUCCGUCAGAGUCUCUUUCAGAAAAUCAAAUCAUCUUCGUAGUUUCAGGUUUGCGUAUAUGGCAUCGACCGCAGAGUCACAAUCCGCUGGAAGACUCUUGGACGGUCUCGGCAGCCAGGAUCAGACCACCAAUGUGAUCCAAUGCGAUCGCGACUCCAUUGACUUUACAGACAAAAACGAAGGAAAGCCGCUCUUCAACUGUCAUCGAACGGCUACCGGUAUUCAAGCGGCUGCGAAAGUGAUCCAAUCUGAGGAUCUUGUUGCUUUUCCGACCGAGACGGUUUAUGGAUUAGGUGCUUCAGCGCUCUCCUCGACGGCUGUCUCGAAGAUCUUCAAAGCCAAGGGGAGGCCAUCAGACAACCCACUCAUUGUUCACGUCUCAUCACUCAAUCUCCUCAAGACAUUUGUGCCCCCGGAUUGGAAUUUUCCAGCGACCUACCAAGCCUUGAUCGAACGCUUUUGGCCCGGUCCUCUCACUCUUCUAGUGCCCACCACAUCAUCCGUCCAACCCAAUUGUCCGAUUUCUAACCUAGUGACCUGCGGCUUGCCAACGGUGGCUGUCCGGAUGCCGGCCCACUCGAUCUCGAGAGCGCUCAUUGCUGAAAGCGGGGUUCCUAUUGCUGCGCCAUCGGCCAACCUCAGUGGCAGGCCCAGUCCGACGACCGCCCAACACGUCGAAAGAGACAUGAAGACAAAGAUUCCGAUGAUAAUUGAUGGAGGCGCAUGUCAGGUUGGCGUCGAGAGCACGGUGGUCGAUGGCCUGAAUCCGGAUGGCCGAGUGAGGAUCCUCCGAUUGGGCGGAUUGAGCGUCGAAGACAUCGAGGCUUGCUUGAUUGAAGCCGGCCUCAACCUAUCCGAUGGCAAGCCCAUUCUCGCCGGAGUUUACAAUCAGGAUUAUCGCGACAAAGAGUUGGAGGCUAAGCCGACCACCCCCGGUAUGAAAUACAAACAUUACGCACCUCAUGCCAAGGUGGUUAUUCUAGAUCCAGUCUUGGUACCAACCUCAGAUUCCGAUCAACAGGAAUCACUCCGAGGCGUCGACGAGCUGGUAUCGGGCAUCUGCAGUGAAGAGACAGACAGCUCGAAAGGUUUGCGGAUAGGACUGAUGUUGAUCGACGACAGUCCCCUCCACCAAUCGUUCAUCGCGUGUGCCCAGUCAGAAAAAUAUGGUCAUCACCAAUUUUGUUAUUCAAACCUUGGACUAGAAAGCCAACCAGCGAUCAGUGCCCAACGGCUCUUUGCAGCCUUGAGAUAUCUCGAUGAAGAGCUCCGAGUGGACAUCAUCUAUGUCGAGCGUCUUUCUGAGGUCGGAUUGGGCGCAACGGUCAUGGAAAGGCUCAGGAAAGCCAGUGGUCAAAGUUCCCCCCUGCCCGUCAGGAUAUCCACAUCAUAG